AUGAAAAUUCUGAAUGAUAAUCUUUAGCAAUAGGAUGAUUUCAUUUUUCAAAGGCUAGAAAAAAUAGGUGGGUAAGAAGGUCUUCUGCAGAAAAUAUACAGUUUGUAUAAAACUUUAAUGAACGAUGUUAAUUUCAUCUCUAAACUCUGCAAAGAUAACAACAUUGAAGAGACCUUGCUUUAUAUUAAGGAUAAAGUAAAAUACGAACUCGAAGGUCCUUAACUUGAUCUAGAGAUUCAAUAAAUUAAAGCGGAAGCAUUUGCUUAGCAAGAGGAGUUUACUCAUGAGUCUUCAUCUAAUAUACUUUACGCACCAAAACCCUCGUUUGAAUGUAUAUAUUCAAGGGCAUCAGUCUCUACUAUGGAGUAAAGUCCUAGACAUAGAGAUUAAUUUAUGUCUGAUAGUUAUGAUAGUUUUUAAGAUGCUAACAGUGCAAAUUAUCAAUCUUCAACUGAGCAAGUAUUUGUUAUUUGUGAACCUCAAAACUAGUUUAAUUUCUAAUAUGAGGAAAGUUGCGAAGUAAAAGAUAAAAUUCAAUCUAAUAUAAAAUUGCAUCAUAGAUGCCUUCGAUUAACCCCAUCAUUGCAAACUGUAAAAUCUGGUCUCUACAAAAUUAUAAAGCAAUUAGCCUUAUCAGCAUUUAUAUACUAUAGUCUUGAAUAACUUUAGUAAUAGUUCAUGAACUUUUAAACUGUUGCAGUAUCUAAUUAAUAAAUAGACCAUAUUAACACUAUUUAAAAUACUUAAAUGGAGAGGUUCGUUAGAAAAUCAAUAGAAUUAAAUGGAUCUAAGAAUUUGCUCAGUUUACUUGUUGAAAAUUACUCUAAAAAGUGCCAACUUGCAACUUUGGGAUAAUAAGAAGGAAGUCAAUCAAGUAAUAUUUUGAUGUACCUUGGAAUAAUGUUCAUGAGCAAAGGUGGGAAGGUAUUUUAAAAACUGGCUGAUCUAUUCAGGACCUUUGUUAGAAGGUAGUGA